CCUGUAUAUAAAAAACACAGAUCUCUGCCCUGUCAGCUCCUGCACAUUGAUUUGUAUGGCUCUGCAUAGCAAGCCAUACAAAGCAGUGUGCUUACAGUGAAGCACACACACAGCACAUAGUAAAACACACAGCACACAGUUAACCCCCACAUGUUAACCCCUUCCUACCCAGUGCCAUUAGUACAGUGUCCGUGCUUUUUAUUUGCACUGAUCACUGUAUUGGUGUCACUGACAUCCCCAGUGACACCAAUACAGUUUCUCCCAGUGUCUCCGCAGUCCAGCAGUCCCGUUAUA